UUAUAAACUCACAGUUGUGGAGUGGAAGUCUUUUUUCAUCUUUGUCUUCAGAAAGAGAGGGACUUUUUUCUUACAGCAUGGAACUACUCAAAAAAUAAGCUGAAUUGUGUCUAUGAUUGAGUCUUCAGGAUUACCAACAUCACUGGACUUUUUAUUGGUUGGCCUCUUUCUCUUUUUGUAACUAUUUGUUUUGUCUAGUCUCUCCAUUCUGCCUUCUCUGGCUUGACUAGCUGAAGCCAUAUCCUGUGCAGUAAUCCAGUCCAGUGCUUCAGGGCAGCCUCAUAGUGUGCACUAUUGUGUACGGCUGAAAAAAGGAGGGGGUAGAGAGAAGGAACCCUGGCCCUUUGUGUGGGAAGGAUUCAGCAGGAAGGUGAUUUUGCGAUUACUUCAGCUUGCCAGCAGAGCAGGCUGUCUCGGAUCCACAUGCACACCACUGUCCGGUUUGCAAGCCACAGCCUCAGCCAGAGCUGCAUUACCGAGUGUGUUUGUGUAUGUGUGUCAAUGUGUGUGUGCGUGUUCUCCAAGUGGCCAACAGCAACACCGGGCUUCUCCUUCUGAUGAUGUGAGUAGACGUCAGACUGGCCCAUGAAUAUUGAUGUGGAGGAUAGUCUGUUUCAUAGAAGAACAGGAGGAAGCAAGAUGGCUGCCCUUUAGGAUUUGUUAAAGAGGAGAGCCAGACAGUUUGCUGGAAUUCUACGGAGUGGAGGGACAUAAAACGAGGACGCAUCAAGAGCAGCCUCGUGGAUGGACUCAGAGCAGACCAGAUGGAAACGGAAAAGGCCAGUCAUGCAACGGAAGAAAGUCUGAGUAAAGCACCAUUUGGCGUUGCACCUCCACAGACAGACAAACUAAUCAAUCAGCUGCAGAAUGGGAGCCCCUCACCUGAGGUUGGCUCUCCGCACCACCUCAAUGGGGAUUCUGUCUGGGGCCACUUCAACCCCAGCAAUGGUAACGGCUCGGGAGGCAACCCAAUGAAGAGACAUCUGGAAACCUGUUCCAGCCCAGACACCAUGCAGGGCCUGUUUGAUCAGACUGGCCUGUAUGGAAUGAAUGGUGAACUGAGAAACAGUCUGGGUGAGCAGCCACAGCUAGGCCCACACCAGCCCAAGAGACCCCGAGCCACAGACCUGCAGAUCAAUGGUGACAAGGAGAUGAAAGCAUGGGAGAACAGAGAGAGUAGUGGAGCUGAGGCGGGGCUGGAGGGAUUUCCUCAGCUGACCAAGCUACCACCACAGGAGGCAGGAGACUAUGAGUGCAACAAUACAGUGCAGGAUGGUAAACUCGACAGCAAAAUAAAUUUUAACCAACCCAACGGGGACAUUUUUUCACUGUCAAGGAGUAAACCAGUGUCAAUUUCUAAUGGUGCUAUAGAGACCUCAUCCUCAAUGGUGGACUCACCAGGUGACCUCUUAGAGAAAACCCUCUCUCAGUAUUACCCUGAGCAAGUGUCUAUCGCCAUGCAGAACAGCCAGUCACAGGCAGACAGAGAAGUGGACUCUGUUGUCAGCAGUGAUGGGCCUGAACAGAAUACCCAGUCGCCUUCCCUUACCUCAGGUUACCCGGUAUCAUCAUCCCAAAUGUCUGUGUCUGAGCAGCAGGCCAGGAUAUCCCCAGAGCUGCACGAUGGAAAUGGUGGCUUUGACAGCCAGUUCACUGUGAAUGGAUUCUCCAGCAGCUUUGGGGGGGAGCACCAGCAGCAUCCCCAGCAGCAGCACCCUCUUCCAGACCUCCCUGACUUGGAGCAACCUCACACUCUAGACCAGGUGCCUGGGAUGGUUACUCCUCAACAGGUCAGCCCUGGCUCUCAGGUCCAGAAUGGUCCUGAGCGCUUCCACAUGAACCCAGAGGGCCCCAGCAUUUUUUCCAAACCCAACCCAGAGUUCGGCCAGGAACCCUACCUCCCCUCAAUAGACUCAAGCACUCCUCUCCACCCAAACAAGGACAAUGGAUUUGGGCCAUUUAGUGGCUCAGUGGGCACCCCAAGCACUCCUGACGGCCAGCAGCACCUGCAGUACGGUGUGCAGUCGAAGCCCGGCCCGGCGGAGCAUUCCGCACUUCAAGGCCCUCCAGGCCAGGGCCCUCCCUCACUCCCAUCUCCCAGGACGAGUACUGACAGGGAGUCAGAGCCUCAGGCUGGCCCCACACUGAUGCAGGCUCAGCAAUGUGGCAAGCUCGACAGUGAGAAAACUCUCACCCACACACAGGGAAUGUCACAGAGAGCUGAGUCCUGCCCCCAGAUGGGUUGGAUUGACCUGAACUCCCAGGUGUCUACGCAGUCUUCUGAUAUGCCACCCAUGUGGGAUGGUCUUCCUCCUCAAACCCCAGGACAUCAACAGCCUCCGCCAUCUCAGCAGAGCCCAGGGCAAUCACAUAAGCCCAGUACCACACAGGGCCACCUGACGCAGGGCUUUAACCAGCCAGGCUAUCAGCAACAGCAGCAGCAGCAGCAGGAUUGUCAGACACAUGAGUGGCAGCAAAGGGCCUCUAAACACUCCCCCACAGGGCCUCUGCCAGGACCGCCCAAACUCCAGCACAUGCCCCAGCAUUGUAGCCUUCCACCACAGCAGACAGAAAACCAGUUCUGCCCUCAGCCAGAACACUUAGGGAAAGACCAAGACCUAGAACAAAUACUGUCUCCCAACUUCAUGCUUCCUCCCAACCCACAGCAGGAGGGACAUCAGGUGACUAAUACACUUCAGCGCCAGUGCUCUCGUGAUCCCUCAAACACAACAGGCCAGCCUUCAGAUCACUCGCAAAGUACCCUGGACCCAGAGCUCUUAAACCGCCUCAAGAUGGAAAGCUACAUGAGGUCAGAAAAGCAACAGCAGCAACUUAAGUCUCCAACAUACAGGGCACAACCAGGCACAUCACCACUGCCCGUGUUAAGCCCCUCUCACAGACCCAACCCACAACUUUCACAAAACGAUCGGUCUAUGUUUGGCUUUGGUGGGACAGAGGGGAUUGGCAUGCAGGACAACUUCAACAAAGUGAUGGAGAUGCAAAAGCAACAGCAGCAACACUCACAACAAAGACAGUACAGUGCAACUCCCAGCCCUCAAAGACAAUACCCUCAGCAGCAGCAUCACCUCAGUCACCAUAGCAGGAUGCCCAACCACGUGGAUAUGUCACAAACACCCUCGAACCAGAUGCUGCGACCAGCACCACUCCACCAGACACCACGACAGAUGUAUCCCAAAACUGAACUCCCAGAUCCCUGUGCCCAAUACCAGCAUAGCUCACUACCGAUCCCUGGAGCACAAGGGGACUUCCAGAGACAUGCUGCCCUGCGCAUGCACCUUCUUCAAAAGCAGGAGAGGCAUGGUGUUCCACACUGUCCAAACGACAUCCGCCAUGGCUUUCCGCCUAUUAAGCAAGAAAAUGGACCCAGGUUCGAGGCGCCACAUAUGAUGCCUCAGCUGGAUGGGCGGCGGCUGCUGCCAAAUGGUGGUGGGCCACCCGUUGUGAAGCAAGAGCCGUCAUCCUCCACCUGUGACCAGCAGCAAAGAAGCAUCCUUGCUACCAUGGAGCAGCAGCUGCGCCAGUACCAGCUCUCGCCAGUGUUUGAGAGGAAGUCACUGGUGGUGAAAUCACCCAAUAAAGUAAAGGUGGAGAUGUCUGGUGGGGUGACAGUGCUUUCAACAAAUCUCGGCAUGAAUGGCGCGGAGGAUGCAAAGCCACCAGAAGUCAUGAUGAAACAGGAGCCAGGCCUUCAACAUUUCCUGGAGUCUCCAAUGAAGCUCUUAGAUACACCCAUAAAGAACCUCUUAGACACACCGGUGAAGACACAGUAUGAGAUCCCACCUUGUCAUUGUGUUGAGCAAAUCAGUGAAAAAGAUGAAGGUCCAUAUUACACCCACCUGGGGGCAGCUCCCAAUAUUGCAGCAGUUCGCGAAAUUAUGGAAAAGAGGUCCGGCUUCAGUGGCAGUGCCAUUCGAAUCGAAAAGGUUGUGUACACAGGCAAGGAGGGGAAGAGUACUCAAGGCUGUCCUAUUGCCAAAUGGGUCAUUAGACGAGGGAGCACAGAGGAGAAGCUCCUAGUUCUGGUUCGUGAACGUCCAAGACACAAGUGUGAGACAGCCUUCCUCAUAGUGGUGAUACUGAUUUGGGAGGGCAUCUCCACCAGUUUGGCUGACCACAUGUACUCAGAGUUGGCUAACACUCUGACAAAGUAUGGCGCCCUCACCAACCGCAGAUGUGCACUCAAUGAAGAGAGAACGUGUGCCUGUCAGGGCAUGGACCCUGAUGCCUGCGGAGCCUCUUUUUCGUUUGGAUGUUCCUGGAGCAUGUACUACAAUGGUUGUAAAUUUGCCAGAAGUAAGAUCCCACGUAAAUUCAGGCUUCUUGGGGAUGAUCCUAGAGAGGAGGAGAGGUUAGAGCAUAGCCUCCAGAGUCUUGCAACGAUAAUGGGCCCAGUGUAUAAAAAAAUGGCUCCAGAUGCAUAUAGCAACCAGGUGGAGCAUGAGCAUCGAGCUCCAGACUGUCGGUUAGGUCUGAAGGAGGGACGGCCAUUCUCUGGGGUCACUGCCUGUCUAGACUUCUGUGCCCAUGCCCACAGAGAUCUACACAACAUGCAGGGAGGCAGCACUGUGGUGUGCACUCUGACAAGGGAGGACAACCGUGAGAUUGGGAAGAUCCCAGAGGACGAACAGUUGCAUGUGCUCCCACUGUACAAAGCGUCCAACACUGACGAGUUUGGCAGUGAGGAGGGCCAGUUACAAAAGAUGCGUACAGGUGCCAUCCAGGUGCUCAAAGCCUUCCGUCGGCAAGUGCGCAUGCUUGCUGAACCUGCCAAGUCCUGCCGGCAGAAGAAACUGGAUGCCAAGAGAGCUUCAGCCAAUAAACUGGCUGGGCACCCUGACACACCUAACUCCAAGGCAGACAAGGCUGCUCAAGCAAAGAAACAGAGCACUUAUGAGAAUACACAGCAGAGUGCACCAGGAGCCCUUGGAGCUUCCCUGCAGCAGCCCCACCCUCUUGGGCCCCCUCCGCAGCACCAGCAGGGUCCUUUCCCUGGUUCUCCCCACCACGCAGGAUAUCCCAGGUUUCCUGGCUCUCCCAGUCCAUUUCCCAGCACUUCAAAGCCAGGUGGCUUGUACCCACAAUCACCUGUGUCGGCAGGUCCCUACCCACCAUCUCUUCAUGCGCCAAAUUCAUAUAUGAAUGGAGGAAAUCCAGGAAGCCCCUAUCCAGGUGCUCUCACACCCAACAUCUACCCUGGAUAUCAGUGCAAUGGUGGGGUGGCCAUGGAAAACUACCACCCUUUCUAUCCCAACGGUCCAAAGCACCUGGAGAUGUAUAGGCAGCAGAGGCCACCCAUGUACCCCGAACAGCAAUAUGGGGGUCAUCAGCGUUAUGGAGUUGCCUAUCCCCCACAUUAUAGUGAGCCAGGACUUCAAGUCAAUGGCUUCAGCAACUGUGCUGUUAGGCCUGGGAUGGUGGGGCCAUACACCUCUUACCCUCCCAACGGGGGUCCUGAUGCCCAGUUCUUAGAAGCUAUGUCCCGGCCUCCUUCAUCCCAUCCUGGUUUGGACUAUUCCCCUAUGAACAAAGGCAGUCAGUUCAGUAGGUAUCCAAACUCAUACCUGUCACAGAACCCUCAAAUGUUUGCCCCUGGCCUGGACCCUUUGCAGAUGCAAAUUAAGUCUGAGAUGGGCUUGCACGGUGCUAAUGGAAUGCCGCAGGGACUUCCACCUCUCGGCAGUGAAUGCCUGCCACCUGGUGCUCAGCCUCCGUUUGGACUACAUAAUGGCAGUAUGCAGAGCCCACUUGUAAAACAGGAGCCCGGCGCCCAGAUUCCCACCACACCAAAGAAGGAAGAUGUAUGGUCAGACAAUGAGCACAACUUCCUUGACCCUGAUAUUGGAGGGGUCGCAGUGGCACCUAGCCAUGGCUCUAUACUUAUAGAGUGUGCCAAGAAGGAGCUGCAUGCUACUACACCACUGAAACAGCCGAACCGCAUGCAUCCCACACGCAUCUCGCUGGUGUUCUACCAGCAUAAGAACAUGAACGAGGCGAAACAUGGGCUAGCUCUCUGGGAAGCCAAGUUGGCCGAGAAGCAACGGGAGAAAGAGGAGGAUGCUGAACGAGGAAUUGAGAGCACACCGAGCAAGGGUCACAAAAAAGUAAAACGUGAACCUCCAGAGCCCUCUGAGCUAACUGAGCCGCCCUACAAGCGUUUCAUUCAGACCCUGACAGAGAGGUCCAUGUCCUCCACAACCAACUCCUACGUUGGCACAGCCCCUUAUGCCUUCACCAAGGUCACAGGGCCAUACAACUGCUUCAUGUAGGCAGGCUGGUCCCUAUGUUUUCAGUAUCUUUAUGCAGAAACACAAUCUACUCAGUGAUGGUGGAAGUGUUGCUGCAGAAGCAAGAAAAGGACCUUGGGUUAACCUUGAGAGUGCACCCUCUGAGUGAAUCGGCACCCUGGAGCAAAACACUGCAUCACCAGAACUGCUGGAGCCAACUUGGAAAAGAUCAGAAACAUAGAUCCCAUCAGGUUGUGUCACCCCUUGAGAGAUCAAGCUUUACUGACUAACCUUAAGGAGGUAUUUAUUUAAAGUUCUGUUGUUUUUUUACAAGAUAAACACUGUUCUACUUUUCUGGUGCUUUUAGUCCAAUACAGCAGGACAAAUAUUACUGGAAACAAAGUUUCAUUUUGGUGGCUUUACAUCGUUGAAUCUAAAGGAAUAAUGUCUAAAUAGAAAUUAUCUUUGCAGAAAACACUGAACAUAUUCUUGGUGCUACAGAUAAAGAGUGUCUUGUGUUAAAAUGCCUUCAUAAUCAUUUUGGUGCGAACAUGCUGUCAUUCAAAGGCUACUACAGGUUAAAUAAUAUUUUUAUUGAUUCAAUGGUGGCUAUUACCAGAAUAUCAUUAGUAGCAGUAACAACAACAAAACCAAACAGCUACAAAAAGUUUUACAGUGUAUUUGAUGCAUUAGUUCGGUUUAUCUUUGAAUUGGGUUUUAUCGAUUAGACAGACUUUAUUUCAUGAAUUACGUACAGUAAUGACACGGUUGUUAUUCGUCUGCAAUAUACAAUUGAACCAUCAUGCAAACAUGGAAAUUGUCGGGUGCUUUUCCACAGGUUUCACCAGUCCUUUAUAUGUACUUUCUAUUUAAUGUAUUUUGAGCCAUUCAAAGGUGCAUUUUUUACUAUAUACAGUAAUAUUUUUAGGGGUCAGAAAAACACAUCUGCCAGGGGGUCAUAUGUUUUCCUUAAGGGUGACGUUUUCAUCAGAAUUGAUAGUUCUAUAGGUGAACAGCACAUAGAACAAACCUAGAGUCAAGGUAUUUGACUCCUUUUCAUUUUAGUCAUGUGACUGUUGCGUUGAUCAUGUUUCUCACAGCAUGCGGGUGAAGCUCAAGGAACAGGGUUAGGUCUAUGUUAGCAUCAUGGUUUCUAAGGCAGCUGGCUUGCUGUGGGGUCCUCAGAUAAUAACAGUAAUCUAGAUGUAUGAUUAAAAAGUUGAUAUUUGUACAGUAAAUUAAUUCUUUUUUUUCCUCAAAUUUAGGCUUUAGGCUUUAGGUUUUAGUACUGUAAAAAGUAAUACUUCUUGUUUGGAUUUCAACUGAGUUUUAUUUUCAGAUGGUGCUAUCUCAACCUGUUAUAAACAUAUAAUGUGAGAAUCUUUAUUGGGGCAGUGAGAAGGCUUAUAAAAGAUGUACAGUACCUACUUGUCAUAUACCUCAGAACUAGUUUGGCAAUAGGAUUAUGAUACAAAGGCUUUUUUCAUUUCUCCACGUCCUUUCCGUAUGGCUUCAUAGCACUUCACAUUUUAACAGAUGUAGUCAUCACAGUCUCACAAUACCUUCAAGCCAAUGCAAGGCUAAGUUCAUUAGUUACUUUCUUCACACUUUAUCUAUUAGAGAGUAUUACUUGAACUUCAAGCUUUGAUCUAAUAGCAAAAUCAGGGAUACUUGAGCUCAUUUUGUGCAUCACAACAUAAACAUAGCCUGUGUCAUUUAUGUUGUCUACUCUCCUUCAGGGAUUGGCCUUUGCAUCAUGAAUCCCGACAAAUUUACUUGUAUAUACUACAAACACACAAAUGUAACUUUGUAAGAAACAUUGAAAUUAUCUGCAUUUUUGUACUUAUGUUUUAGUGGAUUCUCGGUAAAGUUAAAAAUAAUAAUUUGAUGGUAUGAUAAUAUGCACUGAAUUGAUUAAAGGGAAGUAUGGCAUUGACUAAAUAAUUAGUGAAGCACUCGCUUUCUACUUAAAAAAAGAAAACAAGCCAGGGGAGUUAUGACCAUAGAUGCACAUUUACGUGCUCGUGUAUAGCUAAAGUAAAAUUUAUUUAUGACCACUAAACAUUUAUAUAAUACUCUUCUCCCUCUCUUCCAUUUAAUUCAAUGUGAUAUUUGGUGGGGUAACAGUUAUGUGAAACAUUUCCCCCAUUCUUACAUGUGUAAUCAUUUUCUGAAAGCACUUCAAUUAAUUUUUUUUUUUUCAGAAAAUAAAUGAAAUUAAAGCUUACAAACAUUUAUUUAAAGGGUAGAUUGUAAAUGUGUUGUACAUACCAUGUGUUUGUAUCACAAAAGUUUCUAUCUUUUUGUCAUGUUAAAUUCCUGUCAUCACAUCAGAAAUGUGUAGAAAAUGUAGUUUAUCAGAUGUAACUAUGGCCCAUGUUUCUUAAAACAAUCAUUGUUUUGUCUCUCUCAGUUAAUCUGUGGGUAGUUUUGGUCUUUCACAUAGACCCUGAUCUGUAGACCAAUGGGACUGAAAGAUGUCGCAGCUUACUGUCAAACAGCAGCUAUCUUUGCAGUAUCCACAGUAGAUUGUUGUUAGCAUCAAGUCAACUAGACAGAAUGAAUAGUAAUGAGAGAAUUAAAGUUUUUUGUAAAGUGAAAAUUUGAUGUUAAAUUUCGGUGUACAGGACCCAGCUUCAGUAGCAGAUUGUGAGGAGAAGAGAGGAAAGAGUGAUUAGGAUAUAGCGGGUGACAAGCAUAGCCAUACUUGAAGAAGCUUUUGAGUUUUUCUGAGUGGUGUCAACAUUACUUGAAUAACUUUUGACUAAUGCACAGAAGUGCGCAGCUCCGAAAUUAAGCUAGCAGUUCAUGUACACAAGUUGGUAUUUUGCAGACAUACAGACACUAAACGUUAAACAUAUAUUCUGCCUCGGUCCCCACUCCCCCAUCCCCAACCCCUAAACAAAACAGCUCCCCUUGUUCCCUCUGAAGUUUGGUAUGCUUAAAAUGGAAUUAUGGAUGGGUAUAAAUACUGUAAGUAUUGUAAUGUACUGAAGUACUGAAUGCAGUUUAUUUGAAAGCUGUUUAUUAUAUCAUUCCUGAUAUUGCUGAGAUG